AUGGCCGACACAGUCACCUACCGCGACAUCCAGGCCGCCCACGCCCGCGUCGCCCCCUUCACCCACUAUACCCCUCUCCUCACCUGCCAGUCCAUCGACCACUUCGCCACCGAUGCCCUCUUCCCCCUCGCCGACGACGCCAAAGCAGCGGGCGAGCAGCGCCGACCCAUGGUCCGCCUCGCCUUCAAGGCAGAGCACCUCCAGCGCGUAGGCGCCUUCAAGUACCGCGGUGCCACAAACGCCGUCCUGUCCCACCUCGACGCCCUCAAGGCACAGCACCCCGACACCUCAACCUCGCCCUUUGACCCCUCCAGGCUCGUCGUCGUCACCCACUCGAGCGGAAAUCACGCGGCUGCCCUCGCCUGCGCAGCAAGGACCGCAGGCGCCAUCGCAGCCGUCGUCAUGCCCGAAAACGCUCCCAGGCCAAAGCUCCACGCCGUACAGGGCUACGGCGCACGAAUCACCCUCUGCAAGCCCACCCUCCAGGCCAGAGAGGAGACGGCCGCAAAGCUCAUGGCACAGUACGACCAACAGGGAUACACCGUCCGCUUCGUCCACCCCUUCGACGAGCCCCUCGUCAUCGCGGGUCAGGGCACCAUGGCUCUCGAGAUGCUCGACCAGGCUCCCAGCCUCGAGCAGCGCGGCGCCUGCUCGGCUGCCGCCGCCGCCGGCCCUCGGCCUGCGCACGCGUCCAACGGCUCCUCGUCAUCGACCCCGUCCAGGACGCUGCACGGCUCCCGAGGCGUCGAAUCGGCGGGUCCCAAGCAGGACGGCCUCUGGAAGCCGAGGCGGCCGGACGAGCCCGUGUUCGACAUUGUCAUCGCACCCGUCGGCGGGGGAGGCAUGCUGAGCGGCGUGUCGACGGCCAUCAAGGGCGGCGACGACCGCAUCGUCGUCAUCGGCGCAGAGCCAGACUUGGUCAACGACGCCUUCCACUCGGUCCAGACGCAGACGGUGCAGCAACCGCCGCAGCCGCCGCGGACCAUCUGCGACGGCCUGCUCACGUCGCUGUCGCCGCUGACGCUGGCCCACAUUGGCAAGCACGUCGACACGAUUUCGACGGCGCGCGAGGAGAAUGUGCUGAUCGCGCUCAAGCACCACUGGGAGCGGCAAAAGCAGCUCGUCGAGCCCAGCGCCGCCGUCGGGCUGGCCACGGUGCUGCAGGGCUUCAACCAGGCGGGGCGCGUGGCCCAGGACGCCCUCGACCAGCCGGACCCGGCCGACCAGAGGUGCUGGGGCGUCAAGCAGUGGGUCGACGAGAUCCUGGCGCGGCGGAGGCGUGCGGGCCAGGACGACGACGAGAUCCGGAUCGGCAUCGUGUGGAGCGGCGGCAACGUCGAGGUGGCAAAGGUGCUGGCGCGGUUCGACGAGCACGGCAUUCUCUGA